AUGAGGACUCUUAAGCCUCAGCUCGACUACGUUCUGGCGAGGAACAUUCCUCAGUCAGAUUUCCGAAAAUACAGAGCUGUUUGGGACGUUGCGUUCGACUCUGACCACCGUCCAGUUCUUCUAAGCUUCAAGAUACGGUUCCACAAGAGAAACCGAGAAGUUCCUCUUCAACCGAAAAUCGACAUGGCAGGUCUGAAAGACGAUGAAUGCAGAAGAAAAUUCCGCCAACGUGUGUAUAUUCAUGUUGGAGUACGGACCAGGAAGAAGCUUAGCGAUGCGGAUUCCUUCACAAAGUGCAUCCAGGACGCUGCAAGGGAAACGCUCCCGGCUCUAUUGCCGCGGAAGAAGUUUGCCUUCGCAUUUGCGGAAACAAAAUCCACAUAUAAUUCUGUAUGUGCCGCGCGCAGCGCUGGUGACUUCAACCAGGAAAAGCGUCUUAGAAGGAAGCUGCGUCGUCAACUGCAACAAGACCGCGGUAACGAGUGGACGUCAAGAGCGAUGGAGUUUGAGAAGGCGUGGGAGGACAGGAACCCGCGGAAAGCCUACGCUCUACUAAAACAGUAUAGCGGCAAAAUGAAAAGAUGUUCCCCUGUCCUCAACACUGCCAAUGGGGUAGCUGUCGGUGAAGCAACCCUUCCAAUUUGGAAGGAACACUCCAAGAUCUUGCUGAACCGGGUAGCACCGUCAGCCCAUGAACUCGAACACGUUCAUAGACCGACAUACGCGGUUAACGAGGAGGCCACCGACCGUGUCGGAGGUCCUGGUCUGUAUUCAAAAAAUGAAGAAUGGAAAAUCUGGCGGAGACGACGGGAUUAG